GCAGCUCAAUCACAGCGGGGCGGACUCUGGAGGAGGUUGGUUUGAGGCUGCGUGACGCCUGGAGUUCCCACGGUCCUGCAGUCACAGCGGCGGUCACCCGCCCAGAGAAGCAUUGCUGACUGGGCCUUGGGGAAAGCUUCCGGGCAGCUGAAGUGAAGCCAGAUAAGUCCAGGCCUUCGGUAGCUGAUACUAAGGCGGAGAAGGGUGCAGGAUGAUCUGGACCGCUGCCGUGCUUCUCAGCCUGGUGCUGGGUGCGGGUGCUCUUCCCGUUGGUGUGGAUGAUCCCGAGGACGGCGGGAAGCACUGGGUGGUGAUUGUGGCGGGCUCCAAUGGCUGGUAUAAUUACCGGCACCAGGCAGACGCAUGCCACGCCUACCAGAUCAUUCACCGGAACGGGAUUCCUGAUGAGCAGAUCAUAGUGAUGAUGUAUGACGACAUUGCCAACUCUGAGGACAACCCUACUCCAGGCAUUGUGAUCAACCGACCCAAUGGCACAGACGUGUAUAAAGGCGUCCCGAAGGAUUACACUGGAGAGGAUGUGACCCCGGAGAACUUCCUCGCCGUGCUGAGAGGCGAUGCAGAGGCUGUGAGGGGCAAGGGGUCUGGAAAAGUCCUGAAGAGUGGUCCCCGGGAUCAUGUGUUCGUUUACUUCACUGACCACGGAGCUACUGGAAUCCUGGUGUUCCCCAGUGAUGAUCUUCAUGUCAAGGACCUGAACAAGACUAUUCGUUAUAUGUAUGAACACAAGAUGUACCAGAAGAUGGUGUUUUACAUUGAAGCAUGUGAGUCUGGAUCCAUGAUGAACCACCUGCCUGAUGACAUCAAUGUCUAUGCAACUACCGCCGCCAACCCCAGGGAGUCCUCUUACGCCUGCUACUAUGACGAGAAGAGAAACACGUACCUGGGGGACUGGUACAGUGUCAACUGGAUGGAAGACUCGGACGUGGAGGAUCUGACCAAGGAGACACUCCACAAGCAGUACCACCUGGUGAAGUCACACACCAACACCAGCCACGUCAUGCAGUACGGGAAUAAAUCUAUCUCUAGCAUGAAAGUGAUGCAGUUUCAGGGUAUGAAACACAGAGCCAGCUCCCCCAUCUCUCUGCCUCCAGUCACACGCCUUGACCUCACCCCCAGCCCAGAGGUGCCCCUGGCCAUCCUGAAGAGAAAGCUGCUGCGCACCAAUGACCUGAAGCAAUCCCAGAAUCUCGUCGGGCAGAUCCAGCAGCUUCUGGAUGCCAGGCACGUCAUUGAGAAGUCCGUGCAGAAGAUUGUCUCCCUGCUGGCAGGGUUUGGGGAUACUGCUGAGAGACUUCUGUCGGACAGAGCCUUGCUCAUAGCACACGACUGCUACCAGAAGGCUGUGACCCACUUCCGCACACACUGCUUUAACUGGCACUCCCCCACGUAUGAGUAUGCCUUGAGGCAUUUGUACGUGCUGGCCAACCUCUGUGAAAAGCCUUAUCCGAUUGACAGGAUAAAGAUGGCCAUGGACAAGGUGUGCCUUGGUCACUACUGAGCAGCUGCCUUCCCAGAGCUUCGUGAAGAGUGAACACAGUCCAUUGGAAUGUGUACCGACCUGAGACUGAAGGGGUGGAGCCAGAUGCUGCUAAGCCUAGCUCCUGGAAUGCUGCCAGCCCCUCCCAGGGCUUUCUUUCUGAAGACACUGACCCACUAAGAAGCUAGUUCAGGCAGUAAAGCACUCUGGAGAAAGGAACUUUUGCUUCUUAGGAGGUUUUUUUCGUUGUUGUUGUUGUUUUUUUGUCCACUAGCUUUCAAGAGCAAACUCACUGCAGCUUCUGUUGCCAUUGAAGGAGUCUCCUGAGAAAUUCGAAGCUGAAACCACUUUCUGUCUUCACAGUGAUUUUACUGAGUGGGGUGUGAGCCUCUAAGGAGAAUUAUUUUUAGAAAAUAUAAUUUUUGAUUGCUUUUGUA